CAAAUGAAAUUGGACGUCCUUUCACGUGUUAAUAAAUUAAUGCUGACUUUAAGUUAAAGUAUAGUUUAAGGCUGCAACCUUAUUUUUCGGAAUUAGCACUUGUUUUAAACUCUUAACUUUAGCAAACCUUUUUUUUUUCUUUUUAGAUUUUAUGGUCUUUGAUGUUGUUGUUUACUUUCGAUAGCUCUUACUUCAGAGAAAAAAAAGUGAGUGAAAAUAAAAAUAAAGCAGGAAGUUAACCUUCGCUGAAGUCUUUUGUAGGCUGUUUAAUUUUUGUUUGAUUACCAGUAGUGUAUUGUUUUGUCUAGUUAUUCAAUGCGUUAUGAGUGAAGUCGUAAGAAAGCGAGAUCGUCUUUGAAAUUGAUUUUGGGUUAUGUGUGAGAAUGAAUCCUCGUGUUUCCAGGAUUCCUGAUAAACUAUAUGACUUGAGUAUAUUGUCUGUGAUUGAAAACUAUCAUACAUAUAAACAUGAAUUACGAAAAUUGCCAGAAACCCUAGUCUUCGACGUCUAUUACAAGUUGUUUGUGGAGAAGAGAAUAUGCUUCCUGGGACUUGAGUUGAAUAACCUUGAUAUAUUUGCAAGGAUGCUGAAAGUCACCUUCCGAAGGCAUGACUUCAUGAAGAUGUUCCUGGCAGUGAUGGACCACGGUGGCCAUGGGAAGAGAGUGUCUCAAGAUCUAGCUCAAGCUUAUUUGAAGAGAUGUAAGACUGUGAUGAAUGAGCCUCUGAAACUGAAGGAACUGGUGGAUCUAGGUUUAAAUUUAGGAGGCUUCCUCAACGACUGUGGCUGGUAUGUGGAAGCACAGGACGUACUCCAGAAGUGUUUGGAGUUGUGUCAUCUCGACCACACUCACGCGGCCGAAACCCACUCCCUGUGCAGAUUCCUGGAGUGUUGCUCGAGGCUGCUCCAUGCCCAGGCUGCAUUCUGCAACUUCUCCGGUGCAAACGAGACGUACCAGACGGCUCUGUGUGCCAUGAGCCAGCUGGAAGGGGAGGCCCAGGCAGCGCUGUUGACGUCUCUCUACACUGAGUUUUCUGCCAUGCAUUUCAACAAGGGAGAAUACGACGAGUCGUACAGGUGGAGCAGGAGAGCGGUGGAGAGCCUGGCGCCCACUCUCCCGGUGCGUGUCGUGGUGGACGUGCUGCGCCAGCAGGCCAAGGCGUGCGUGGUGAAGCGUGAGUUCGAGCGCGCCGGCCUUAUUGCAAGGCAGGCCAUGCUGCUGAGCCGGGAUGUGUUCUGCCGUGGCCAUCCCAAGUACUCCGACACCCUCAUCGACUAUGGCUUCUACCUGCUCAACUUCGACAUGAUCCGGCAGGCCGUCGUCGUCUACGAGAAAGCUCUCGACAUUCGUCGGAAAACUUAUGGCAAAGUUAACUUGCGUGUGGCAAUGGCUCAUGAAGACUUGGCUUAUGCCCUGUACGUUUACGAAUACAAUUCAGGCCGGUUCUUGAGAGCGAGGGAGAACGCAGAGGUGGCCAUCGACAUAAUGUCCCAGCUGUUGCCUCCCGAUCACCUCAUGCUGGCCUCCGUCAAGAGGGUCAAGGCUCUUAUCCUCGAAGAAAUUGCACUUGACUCAUUCCAAAGUACAUCAGCGAUGCAGAUUCUUCUCAACGAUGCAGAGCAGCUACACUUAUCUGCCCUGAAGUUGGCCAUGUCCACGUUUGGUGAAAGGAACGUACAAACUGCAAAACAUUUUGGAAAUCUAGGUCGCCUGUAUCAGAGCAUGAAAAGGCUUGAGGAGGCAGAAGCAAUGCACCUGAAAGCUAUUGCCAUCAAAGAAGAACUCCUGGGACCGGAGGAUUAUGAGGUUGGACUGUCAAUUGGGCACCUGGCCAGCUUGUACAACUACCACAUGAAGAACUACAAGAAGGCCGAGCAGUUGUACCUGCGCUCCAUCAACAUCAGUUUGAAAUUAUUUGGCGAAGGUUACUCUGGCUUGGAGUAUGACUAUCGGGGUCUGGUUAAUGUGUAUGAAAACACAGAAGAUGCUGCAAAGUUGGCAGAGUACAGUCACCUUCUAAACAGCUGGAAGUUUCAGCAUGAUUUGCAAGUCGACCAAGAGUCCAAGUCAGAUUUUUAUGGCGAGAAACGUCUUGCCUUGAAAGACAUUAUUGAAUGUCUUCACACAUCAUGAUAGGCUGUCCGCAAAAUGUUGUUUUAGACAUGUUGAUUUUAUUGCUAAAAGGUAUAGAUUAAAGUGUAGCAGUUGGUUAUGUUUUUUGACUGAUUGUUUAAAUAGCUUCAAAACAUCAGUUCAAAAUAAUGAGAAAGUUGAAAUGGUUGUGCUUUUAUUCAAGUAUUACAUUUUUUUAAGGUGUUUCCUAGUCGUGGCGAAUGUUAGUGGAUGAAGACUAAGUUUUGGUGGAAAUCUGGUUUGCAAAAACAAGGAUGCCAGAGAAUGAAUGGAAUAGUGAACCAGCCUAGUGUGGACACGCCAAUCAUGUAUAUUAUUACAAGAUGAGCAGGUAUUCAGGUUUCUCUGAUCACAGUGCUACAGAAAGUGAUUGCUACUGCAGAUGAUUUACAGUCAUACAUUUUUGUACAGUUAAGUUAUAAUGUACCAUUAAAAAAUUGGUUUAUGAUCAUGAAACAUGAGUAGUACAGUUGUAUUGCUAUGGCAACUGUCUCAUGUAUUCACGUUUCAGGUACAUAGUAUAUCAAAGGUCCUGUCUGGUUGCUUCCAGAGAACCGGAAUGGCUAUCGUACUCUGUACAAGAUGGAGCUCUAGUAUACUUCAAAAUGAGGCACUAAAUGUUACUUCACCAGUGUGUACUCUGUGUUUUCCCAGAAUGAAUGUUUGCCAGUUAGGCCACUCAACAGUAUGGCUAUUCACGCAGGAGACAGAAGAUGCACUUCAGUGUAUAUUGUGCUCUGUUACAUGCAUGUUUAUCAAAUACUGUAUUUCUGCUGCUACAAAAAUAUAGUUAAUCUUCUGUUACAAUAGUAUUAUAAUAGUACUGUUAUUUUACAUGUGAAGAAAUCAAGUGAAGUUGUAUUUUGUGUGAUGGUUAGGCCUGUGCGAAUAUUGUAAUUUUCGAAAUAACAAGUAUUCAUUUGCUUAAGAAUAUUUUAUGUAGCAUACCCCCUGAGUUUGUCGUAAACCAAUGUUCACAGUUAUGUCAUUUUUGAGAUAUAAAUACACUUGUUUGAUGGACCUUCAUUUUAAAAACAUGAACAAUAAGCAAAGUUUUAAACACACAACAAGUUUUCAGGUUUUUUUUUCUAAUUAGGAUAGUUGUAUAAUUAAAAAAAAUUUUUAAAAAUUUUUAUUCAUAAAUAUUUUAACAGACUUUUACUUAUACUCACGGUUGCUGGCCUAACCUAAACAACCUUUCACUUUAGUACCAUUUGUUUAAUUUUCCAGAGGCUGACUAUUCAUUUCCCUAUGUAUUUGUAACAAAUGAAAAAUUAUUUUAGUGGCAUUCUAAUUCUCAUUCUUACUAUUCAUAUUCCAUUUUAACUAAAAAGAACUAAUAUUUGUACAGGCCUAAUGAUGUAAAUAUUUAAUUGUUGCCAAUAUUUAAUUUUUUUUCUCUCUUUGUGUAUAUUUGUUUUUAGAUAACACAUGAUCCAUAUAAGUAGAUUAUAUUUUUUGUUCAAAACUGACUGCAGUUUUAUUGUAAAAGAGUGCAUGUGGUGUGUUUAUGUACAUACAUACUCCCUCUUCCCCCUCUCACAGUGGUUACCCUCAUUGUUCUUAGGAGUGCAGGUUGAUUCCCAUUUACAGUUAAAUAAAUGACAAAAACGGAAAUUUUGAGGACC